CGGAAGUCGAAACGACGACUUCCGCUCAAGUUGUUGUUAGUUCCCUAUGAAUUCCGGUAGUGAGCUCGGCCCCUUUGCCGGGUUUGAUGGCCGAUAUCUGUCCUUGUCUCUUAAGGGCAUGUGGGGGACCAGCCGAUGGCAGCUAUACUUCUGAUGGCCAGGCCCCAGGAACUGGUGACAUUCAGCGAUGUGGCCGUGUAUCUCUCCAAGGAGGAAUGGGGCCAACUGGAUCCUUCUCAGAGAGCCCUCUACAAAGAUGUGAUGCUGGAGAAUUACAGGAAUGUGGUCUCACUUGGUUUUUCUGUUUGCAAGCCUGAAAUGAUCUCCCAGCUGGAGCAAGGAGAAAUGCCCUGGGUCCCACACGCACCUGGAUCAGAAGAGCAUCAGACCACCUGGCUCGAUGGGCCUGAGAAGGGCAACGUGGAAUCUCUUCAUAAUCAGGAAAUAUCUAAAGAUGAACCUCAGUGGAUUCCAUUGGAAGGGAUCCCAAGGGAACAAGGCAGCAACCUCAUAGAACCCUCUGCCUAUCAGAAUGGGCUAGAGGGACCUCAAGAAAACCCAGCAGAGAAGAAGCUAAGAUACUCUCCUUCUAAGCCCCCAAGUACCAGACUUCUUAUGACUGUCACCCAUAGGAAAAGUGUCACAAAGGAGAGAAGCCAUGAGUUCCAUAAAUGGGAGCAGAGCUGUGAGCCAAGCCACAAUCUUAUUGCACAUGAAGGGAACCUAAUGAGGGGGCAGACUCAGAGCUAUGAUUCAUAUAACCAUACCUUCAAGCAAAGUUCAGAAUGCAUGAAACAUACGAGGAAUCACAGGACUGAGAAGCCCUAUAAAUGUAACGAAUGUGGGAAAUCUUUCAGCAGGAGUUCACACCUUAUUAGACAUCAGAGUAUUCACAAUGAAGAAAAGCCCUAUGUGUGUAAUGAAUGUGGGAAAGCCUUCAGCCAGAGAUCGUCUCUUAUUGGACAUCAAAAAAUUCACAGUGGGGAGAAACCCUAUAAAUGUAACGAAUGUGGGAUUGCCUUCAUUUGGAGUUCACACCUCAUUCAACAUCAAAAAAUCCACAGUGGAGAAAAGCCCUAUGAAUGUAAUGAAUGUGGGAAAGCCUUCAGUAGGAGCUCAUAUCUUAUUGGACAUCAGAGAAUUCAUAGUGGAGAAAAGCCCUAUGAAUGUAAUGAAUGUGGGAAAACUUUCAGGUGGAGAUCAGCCCUUAAUGAUCAUCAUAGUAUUCAUAAUGGAGAAAAACCCUAUGAAUGCAAUGAGUGUGGGAAGGCCUUUGGGGGGAGAUCACACCUAAUUCGGCAUCAUAGAAUCCACAGUGGAGAGAAACCCUAUGAAUGUAAUGAAUGUGAAAAAGCCUUCAGUAGGAACUCGCAUCUUAUUCGACAUCAGAAAGUUCAUAGUGGAGAAAAAUUCUGUGAGUGUGAUUAAUCCAGAAGAGAUAUCACUCAGCUGGCAGAUUUUAUAAUGUAUCCCAUUAUUCUUCAUGGAGAGAAAUUUCAUUGGAAAAUCCUUCAGGAAGAACUCAAUCUUUAAUGACUGUUAGAAUGUACACCAUAGCGAGAAACCCUAAAUGUCCUGAAUGAGAGGCUUCCAGGGAACUAGCUCCCCCAAAUUCAUGAAACAAAAACUGUAGGGCUAUAACAAAAUUAGCCACUUAAAAUAAGAAGAGGAAGCCUGAAGUCACUACCACCAGCAACACCACCAGGAAGGAGGUAGAGCUGCUGCCCUGGGAUUAGGACCAAUUAGGACCUGAGAAGGAAAUUGAGCUGCUGCCUAGGCCUACCUUGUAGGUAGGUAAGAAGUAAAGAGAAGAAUGAAAGGAAGGAUCCCCCUUUGGAGCAUCAGCAGUUCACAAAAGCAAUCACUGUACCUGACCUCUGAACUGGGGCUGGAAUUAGAGAAUCAUAGGAGCUGGAAAGGACCAUGGAGUUGGAAUAGAUUACUGCCCUCAUUUUACAGAUAAGGAGACUGAGAUUGCAAGGAAAGCAAAGGGCUUUCCCUAGGUCCCUCAUAGAUGGGAUUGGAACCGAAGUCCUCCUACUCCAAAUCUUUUGAUCUCCCCUCCCUCCUCCAUCCUGACCCCACUUUCAGGGAUGACCCCCACUGAAGAAGGAAAAGAGGCACUCACCUUAAGUCUAGGGUAAUCUGUCUUUCAUUUUAUUCAAGGUGGGGAAAAAACAUUGAAUUAACGGAGGGAAAGAAUAGCCUUUUUACCAAGUCAGAGAACUGGAUUUGCUUUUAAAAUGUUUAGUUGAAAGGACAAAUAGGGGGCAGCUGGGUAGCUCAGUGGAUUGAGAGCCAGGUCUAGAGAUGAGAGGUCCUGGCUUUAAAUGUGUCCUCAUCAAACAGCUGUGUGACCCUGGGUAAGUCACUUCACCCCCAUUGCCUAGGCCUUACCACUCUUCUGCCUUGGAGCCGAUACACAGUAUUGAUUCCAAGACAGAAGGUGAGGGUUUUAAAAAAAACAAAAAAAGACAAAUACCAGCAGCAUCAGUCCCACAAUUACUGGGAAAAUACUAAAAGGAAAAGUACAUUGGGUUAUCACAUUAAAGGAAGACUAAUUCAUCCACAAAAAAAGCCAGAGAAGAGAUUUGGGAAAAAUACAAAGCAGAGAUGGGGACCAGCCUUGGGACUUUGUUGGCAUAGGGAACACCCAGGUGAAGAAACUCCCUCUGCCAUGUAGGUUGGAUUGUCGAUUCCCUUUUUGUAUUUUAGAGUCUUAGAGACUUGCCUAGAGUAGUGUUAGGUGAGGUCCCUUGUCCAGCCUCACAGCUGUUCUGGGUCACAGGUAAACCUCAAACCCACAUCUUUCUGGUUCUGAGACCAUCUCGCUAUUAUUCCAGUGAUUCUUAAGCUUUUUUUGGUCUCCAGACCCCUGUCAACUUUUAAAAAUCAUCAAGGACCCUUUCUCCACAAAGAGCUUUUGUUUCUGUGGGUUAUAUUUAUCAAAAUUAAUCAUGUUAGAAAUUAAAGUGUCUUAGUGAAACUAGUUUGGACCUUUCCAAAUGGAUUCAGGGACACCCAGAGAUUCCCCCCAGCCCCACCCAAGCUUUGUGAACCACUGUAACCACUCCAUGCUGCUUCUCAGUGCAAAAGAACAGAAAAAUUAAAAUGACAAUAGAAGCAAAAAUGAGUAUCUGAGCAAAAUUCAGGGAAUAACCGGAGCUGAUUCACAUAGUAUUUUACAUUCUAAACCUCAUGUGAGCCUCAAUGUGGAUUGGGGGAAAGGACUGAAUUUUGGAUACCUGUGAUUGAAGUUGACUUCUAGAAUUUCAGCUAGCUAGGUGGCCACAGAGAUUUCCUGCCCUCCCAGAGCCAGCCUCUGUUUCUAAUCUAAUUAUCGGAUCCAUAGUUAUCUGCCUCCCACUCUUGAGGAUCAAAUGAAAUGAUACAUAUAAAUAACAUUUGCAAAAUCAGUUCUCAUUAUUCUAACUCAGCAUGGUUUGUGUGCUAACCCUAGCUCAACGUCACAGAGGAGAGAACAGGAUCCUAGAGGUCAAAUGACUUGCCUGAGGUUGCACAGCUAGGAAGUGGCAAGAUCUCAAAGUCGCAUCUUUGCACUCCAAAUUAAGAGGUUUUUUCCCCAGUACAAAUAGCAUGAUGUCUUUCAAUACAAUUGCAUAUUUCCCUCUAGUACAAUUGGAAAACCAAUCUAGAAAGUCACAGAAUGCCCCAAAGUACUAAGAUUUGGCAAAUAAAACCAUCUACUACUUAGACUCCCCAGGAAUAUUAAAAACAACUCAUCUCCAUUUUAUGAAGAAAUAGUUAAAGAACACUCAAUGGAAUAGACACAAGUGGGCAUACUGUGCAAUGAUAUGGAACGUGGGGGCUCCAGCCUGGAAACAUCCUGUGGUAAUAAAUUUCAGAACGGAAAAAAAAUAUUUCAAGUACAGAUCAAAAUCUCCAAAUUUCUCAGCUACGGCAAGGGGGACAUGGCCAAAUUUUAAAGUAGGCUUGAAUCUGAAAGUUACAUUUCCUAUAUCACCUCCAAAUGUGGACAUUUUACUUAAAGGCAUAAAAAUCCUGUUGAGCCACCAAGACUGCUUCAAAGAAUUGAGCAAAAGUUCACCACUGAAAAGUCCAAACAAGAAGUAAGUGAAGGAAACCUUAAACCUGUGGUCACAUAUAAUUGAUUGCAUAACAAAAUAAUUAAGACUUUAUAAGAAAAAUAUAAGCAUUUCCAUCUGGUGUUUUUUUUAAUGUAAUAAAAAAAGAAGAAUCAAAA